AUGAAGUUACAGCUCAUUCUGGUCGUGGCUUUAGUCGGUUCUGCAAUUGCGGACGACGAUGCCGAGAAAGUGUGGACUGAAGAUGAAGUGGAGGCUCUUAUGGCCACUGCGACUAGCGACGUGAAUGCAACUGUCCCCGAAUUGAUUGCCCAAAACGGGUACACGGCCGAGAUCCACUACGUGACGACCGAGGAUGGCUACAUUCUGCAAAUGCACCGUAUCCCUGCAACUCCUACGAGCCCCGCAUCCGAUGACAAACCUGUCGUAUUCCUCAUGCACGGAACGGUGUGUAGUUCCGCUGACUUCGUGAUCAUGGGACCUGGAAAAGGUUUCGCUUACAUCUUAGCCGAUGCCGGAUACGACGUGUGGUUGGGUAAUGCGAGAGGAAAUAAAUACUCCAGAAAUCACACUACCUUGACAAAUUUUACUGGCCCAGACUUCUGGUACUUUGACUGGCAUGAAAUUGGUUAUUACGAUCAGCCCGCCAUGAUAGAUUACGCUCUUGAAGUGACGGGUCAGGAAAAAGUGAUAUUCAUAGGUCACAGUCAAGGCACAACAACGUUCUACGUCAUGGCCUCUUUGCGGCCCGAAUAUAAUGACAAGAUUAAAGUCAUGUUUUCUCUGGCACCCGUUGCUUAUAUGACAAAUUUGAAGAGUCCGGUGUUGCAAUUUGCCGCCAAAUUCGAGAGUUAUUUGACGGAUCUCUUUGAGCUCAUCGGUGAGUACGAGUUCUUUCCAAACGGCGAUUUCGUUACUGAAAUUGGAUCUACUUACUGCGACGACGAUGCUCUAACGCAAUACCUUUGCAGUAACGCCCUAUUCUUAUUGGUCGGGUUCGACAAAGCUAACUUGAACAUUACCAUGCUGCCAACUAUCUUUGGACAUACCCCAGCUGGAGCCUCAACUCGCCAAAUCGUUCACUAUGCUCAAGAAGUUCGAUCUGGCAAGUUUGGGUAUUACGACCAGGAUAUGAUAUCGAAUUUGUACAAGUACGGGUCUAUCGAAGCACCGAACUACAAUCUCAGUGCGAUUACUGCUCCUGUUCACGUGAUCUACGGUGCCAAUGACUAUAUGUCUGCUGUAGAAGAUGUUGAGAAGCACUACACUGAGCUUGGGAACCCAAUAGAGAUGUACCGAGUGCCUGAUGAGAAUUGGAAUCACGUUGAUUACCUCUGGGGUAUCACUGCUAAGGAACUUGUUUACGAUCACGUCAUUUCUACGAUAGAAGCAAAUUACAGUGACUAAUUGUACGACGAAUCACCUAAUUUU